UUGGGAAUUCACAUUUCUUUGUCCAGUCCUUCUAGUGGGGGCAGUAUCAGACCACACUCUGCUCAAAGCUCCUCCCCCUCCUCUGACUCGGAUGAUCUGGAGGACAGCUAUGUGGCUAUGGUCCCCUCGGACCUCAGCCUCAGUGCUGGAGAGCAGUCUCUCAGGCUAAUGCUGCACAGAGCAUCAGAGGGCGGAGCCAGUAGUCCGUUGCUACAGCGACCUAAAAGAGAAAAGCAGGUGGAGUAUCUGGACUUGGACCUUCAUACUGGACGAUCGACACCAACGAGACAGAAGCGAUGCACCACGAAAGGCAGAACCAGCAGGGAGGAGCAGGGAGGAGGAGAUGAAGAGCGAGCACGAGGCGAGCGUACGCGUGUUGACUAUGUGGUGGUGGACCCCAAAAGGACCAAAGCCCUCAAGAACACCCGGGAAGCAUGGCAUGAUGGGAGAAUGUCAACUGAAAAGGAGAAAACCUAAGAGACAAAAACCACACAGAUGAAUGGACUUUAUUUAACUCCAGUAAAGAAACAUCACACUUUUGGAAUUGUGCGAAAUAACCACGGCGUGUUUUCCCCACAAACACCUAACUUUGGUCUACUGGUACAUUUGACUCAAUGUUUUAGUGUCAAGAGGAUAGAACAGAAUCUAUUGGUUUACUUUCUCGAACAUGUCAUUGUAUUGAUCUACUUUAACUCUUAGACAGCACCAAAUAUUACAGCAUUUUUUGAUUUACUACUGUAUGGUGACAAACAAUGUUUGACUCUAACAUGAGUUUCUUUAUGAAAAAAAAAAAAAGAAAAAGAUGUUUUCCCUCUGUAUCCUGAUAUCAUGUGUGUUUAGGUCAAUUUCUUUAAAUAAAACAAAAUUUAACAUUAAGCUUUGUACAUACUGGACAUGUGAUUUGUAUUCGAGAGCGUCCUGAACCCUAGGACACUAGGACAUGGACUCUCAACUGGGACUGAGUGGUAAAAUCGAUUGGGCAGCAGGUACACUUUCUGGGAGAACCUGAACAUCCAGCUGCUGGUGUCGUUUUUAUUGUGGGCCUGAA